AUGUCAGCGAAUUUAAGACUAUCCUGGGCUGGCGACUUUGAUCGUUUGAAGGAGUUUGUAAAAAGUGACCUAGAGUUGCAGGGAAGCUGGUCAUCCCCGGCGAACGAGAAAAAACUUUUCGUGUCAGACAACGUUGAGUUGCUUUGGUGGAAAAACAAAAAGUUCCUAAAGAUCAAUGGAGAGGACGCAAAUCGAAUCAAACGUUGUAUGAUCAACGCUAUGUUUACGAGUUUAAACCUCGAUAGUAUCAAGCCUGGUGUGGACAUGGCUACUAACACCGAGAACUCCUUAAACGAAAACCAACCAACAAAACACCAGUGUACGGGUUGUGAAUGUUCGAAGCUAUCACCAGACUUGGAGGGUUUGAAAUUAGACUUGGUUGUUUUGGAAUCGAAACUCAACCAUAAAAUCCAAGCCGUGGAAAACCAAAUAUUACGCAUGACGAUUGCCGACCAAAAGAGCCGAAAAAUCAUGCAAAUCUCGAAAAUAUGUUGA